UUUGGCGAAGCAGCGUUGCAGGUAAACAGGGAGAUAUUUGUCAACAGGACGAUUUUCCUCCUGACACACCAAUGAAUGCAGAUCCGUGUAUUGCUAGGGCUUUAAUGGGACCUCUGCUCUGACUGAACACAGCUGUGCGUGUUUGCAAGAAGAAAAGACUACGUGUGUGUCGAGGAGGUCGUGCAUUUCCAGACCAGCAACUUCAAACAUUUUCUGCUUUCCAACAUCAAGGAUGAAAUCCAACAAGAGAGCUUUUGAAGACGACCACAAUGGAGACGCAGAGUUUUCAGCCAUGUCUGACAGCGACCCCUGCGAAGACGACGGUUUCCCUCUCAACCUCUCCAUGAGUCACAGAAGAACCGAGGCCGCGGCCAAACGGCGUCGCCGUGGAAACCUCCCCAAAGAGUCUGUUCAGGUUCUGAGGGACUGGCUAUAUGAGCAUCGCUUCAAUGCAUACCCCUCAGAAGUGGAGAAGCUGAGCCUGUCGAGACAAACCCACCUGUCUGUGUCACAGAUCUGUAACUGGUUUAUAAACGCUCGACGGAGACUCCUGCCAGACCUCCUCAGGAAAGAUGGCAAAGAUCCCACCAAGUUUACCAUGUCACGGCGUGCCAGCAAACCCGAAAGAUCUGCAUCCCCAGAAAGCCCGACUUCUUCGCCUGGUCCCUCACCCGUAUGCUCUGCCCCAAUAUUGGACUUGCGGCUGUUGGGUAACACAGCCACGGCCAUUUUGGCUCGAGCGGGUUGUUUGCCAUCAUCAGGGGCCUUUAGUCAGGAUGGUGGUGUUCAGGCUCUGAUGCAACUGGACACAAGCGGCCUUCUGGGACGUGAAGGGUUUCAGAGUGAAGAUCAAUCCUCAAACCCUCAUCUGACCACCCUGUCUGCUUCUACCUCUGUCCUGACCCAGGGAGGAGUGAGCCCAACUGGGGUCUUGUUCAACACGCCUCCCCCCACCCCUCCAGAUCUGUGCCCACAAGAUUUCAGCGAUCUCAAACUUUUAGUGGAUGCGGCGUUGCAGCGGGCGGCCGAGCAGGAAAACUGCAGACAAAAAGAGAAAACGACACAAGAACCAGAUGAACUUUCAAGUGCUCUUGGCAAGAAUGGAGAUUCAGAGGCAGUACCGUAUUCUAGGGAAGAGAUGCCUUCUAGUGAUGCUACAGCAGGAUUGAUGGAGAAUCCAGUGUUGCCAGUGUCAGUUCCUGUCAUAACCCACUCAUUUCCAAGCUUUCCUGUCGUGCAGACCGCUUUGACCAACGGUGGAGUCACCAGUGUGAUUGUAGGAGGCAAGAACAUUUUGGAAUCGAGUAACUACACGUCAUCUGGAGUGUGGAGCAUCCGACAAACCAGUCCACGUCCGAAUGCGGUGGCUCACACGUGGAGUCCGAAGUACACAAAUAAUACAGUCACGGAAAGCGUCAAGUGAAUGUGAAAGCAGUCAAAGAUACUUAAAUGCUUGCACCUAAAGUGGAAAAACUCAAGCGAGCCGAUCCACUUAACACUCUUAUAUUUGUCAGAAGUCUCUAAAGCAGAUGGAAAACUUGGUAACACUAAAAUGUUGACUGUGCGUCUCCAAAUCGUAUAUCCCCGUUGUCAUGGAAACAGUCUGAAUGUUGUUAAGAUCCCAGAGAGCCCCAGCAUGGAUUAUUCAGUCUGUAAACAAAUGGACACAAUUUUCCUCUUGAAUGGUCAACAUCAGUAUGUAUUUUAAAGACUUCUUUUCUUUCAACAAAAACUUUUAUCUUUUUUAACUACAUGAAUUUUAUGGGUCCGUUAAACGCUCUUCAAAAAAGAAUCCAAACUUCCAAAAUGUUCAGUUUUAGAAUCUCUCAGAUUUCUCACUUGCAGCAAGUGGCCACCGCAUACAGACACCAGCAGAUCUAAACCUCAAAUAUUACAAAAGCUCAAAGGUCCUGAGGAAACUGAGCACAUCAGGUUCACCGCUGAAAAAAGAGACUUCAGAAAUACUAGAAGUGGCCUUGCUUUAGAUUCUGUGACUUUUUAGAUGAAUGGAAACUGUAGGAGCUCCACAUCAAACAGUGUUUGCCUGUCUGCAUCAAUGUAUUCUCAUAGGGUUAGACGUCUAGUAGUUAUGUAGCAUGGUUUACUGAUAUCUGUGAAUGUUUCUGGAAGACCAGCAUGCAGCGUUUGAAUAUGAGAAUCUGUUUAGGUGCUAAAUGUCGACUUUUAGAUUUAUUACUUUAUUCCAGUUUUGCCUGAUAAAGCCUUUAAAUACCAAAAUCUCAGAUGUGUACGUUUCAACCGUGCGUCUGUGUGUUCCCUCAUAUAUCCUGCACUUUAUAUCUCAUCUUUUGGUCAUCACGUCAAAACUGCCACACAAUCUGUCAACCUCAAAAUAAGAUCUCCGAGCUUCACGUGUGCUAUAUGUGUGUGUGGAAUGAUGAGCAGUGGAAUGUCAGGAAAUCGAUUUGUACUGCAGAGGUCUUUACUCAACGUCUCGUUUCUGUCUCGGACGCGAGAUAGAGGUCGUCUCAAAGACGAGACCAGCAUUGAUUUCUUUAAGGUCUCAUGUAACGCUGGAACUCUACCUCCAUUACUCGGAGUGUUGCUGGUGAUGAGUAAAGUAGAUAAUCAGUGUUAAUAACCGUGUUGAGUUCUCUUUCACACACGUUGUGUAAAGGCGUUGAAUUUUAUCGGGAAGGACUGGAGUGUUUUUUGACUGGAGGAGUUUGUGUCUUAAACCAAACUAGUAUAAAAGCCUGUUACACACAGUUCAUGUAUCUGGACUGAAUUGUUCCCGCCUCGUGAACGUAUCUUCAGAACUCUUAUUCUCUACUUAUAGUUUCCAUGAAACUGUGUUCAAAAUGUUACAGUUGUCUUUCUUUUUGUUAUAGGCUUUAAUGGCUGUCGAAACAUCAGGUCACUUUACAUUAUUUCUGAUUACUCGCAAACAUGGCGUAACCCGCAUUUCCUUUUAGUUUUUAUUGUGCAUAGGUGUAAACAUUUCAGUCAAUCCAAAGGUCAGAGGUCACAUUCUGUAGUACUGUACAUGAUGCUUAUGUGUUGUCUCAGGUUGCUUUAUAGUUUUUAGAGUAUUCCGUUGUGCGUAUCAGAGUUUUAAUACUUAUUGGAAUUCAUCGGUUUUAGCAUCUUUAAGACGUUUUUGUAGCGACAUCAAAGUUUUACAGAUUCAAUUCACUAACAUAUAUUAAACCACUGUGAGAUUGUUAAUUCCUGUGAUGGUACUGGAAGCAAAUGUAUAUAUUUUUUAAAAUGCUCUAUUUUUUCACCUCGUCAGAAUGACCAACAUUAAUAUUUCUGAACAUUUUAUUAUUUGCGGUCUUAUGUAUGACAAUGUGAAACAUGUAAAUGACGUUCAGGCAAUAUGGUUUUGUCUUCGGCACACAGCUGCUUAUCACCGAUAUACUUCAAAUAUAUGUAGCCCUCUACUAUACGACCAAAUACAUGAAGUUGGAUGUGAAAUUGGUUUUAGCUUGUAUACUAUGUGUAUCUAUAGCAGAGUUCAAUAAGUGGCAUUUGUGCCUUAUCUGCUUGUGUAGGAAAACCUUCUGUAGUCUGUGCAAUAUCUGCCUUAAACAUUUCUUGUUUUGUAUCAGCAUACAGAGAAAUAAAA